CCGCACAUCGAGAUUCCAAAGCCCUCCUCUUCGGCUUUCGUCUCCGCGCCCUAGGGUUUCUCUGCCUCGCCGGGGAAGCGAUGCAGCCGCCGCACCAGCCGCCGAUGAACGGGCAACACGGCCCGCCCCCGCCGCAGGGAUCCGGGGUGCCCACCCCUCCGCAGCAGCAGGCGCCCGCGCCGCCGUACUACCAGCAGCAGGCGCCGCCGCCGCCGCAGUACUACCAGCAGGCCCCCCCGCAGCCGUGGGGGCAGCAGCAGCAGUACGCUCCACCGCCGCAGCAGUAUGCGCCACCACCGCAGCACUACGCCCCUCCGCCACAGCAGCAGUACGCUCCUCCUCCGCCGCAGCAGUACGCUCCUCCGCCGCCGCAGUACGCGCAGCCACCGCAGUAUGGGACCACGCCGGGAACCGGUGAGGUCAGGACGCUGUGGAUCGGAGAUCUUCAGUACUGGAUGGACGAGAACUACCUCCACUACACUGCCUUCGCGCCUGUGUGUCAACAGAUUGCCUCUGUAAAAAUUAUAAGGAACAAGCAGACUGGGCAUUCAGAAGGUUAUGGUUUUAUUGAGUUUUACUCUCAAGCCGCUGCAGAACAUACUCUGAUGAACUUCAAUGGGCAGAUGAUGCCGAAUGUUGAGAUGGCUUAUAAGCUUAACUGGGCUUCUGGCAGCGCUGGGGAUAAGCGUGGAGAUAGUGGUUCUGAUCACACAAUAUUUGUUGGUGAUUUGGCUCCUGAUGUUACUGACUCUAUGUUGGAAGACAUGUUCAGAGCGAACUACCCUUCAGUUAGAGGAGCUAAAGUUGUUGUUGAUAGGAUCACUGGACGGCCCAAAGGAUAUGGUUUCGUGCGUUUUGGAGAUCUGAAUGAGCAGGCACGUGCUAUGACCGAGAUGAAUGGAAUGAUGUUAUCUACAAGGCAAAUAAGGAUUGGUGCUGCAGCUAACAAGAAGAAUAUGGAUGCUCAGCAGACAUAUGCAUCUAACGGAGCAUACCAGAGCUCUCAAGGAAUUUCUUCAGAGAAUGAUCCAAACAAUACAACAGUAUUUGUGGGUGGGUUAGAUUCCAAUGUAAAUGAGGAGUAUCUAAGGCAAAUUUUUACUCCGCACGGAGAAAUUUCCUAUGUGAAGAUUCCUGUAGGCAAGCAUUGUGGAUUUGUUCAAUUUACCAGCAGGUCAUGUGCUGAGGAAGCCAUCCAAAUGCUGAAUGGGAGUCAGAUUGGUGGGCAGAAAGUUCGGCUUUCAUGGGGCCGUACUCAAAACAGACAGGCUUCUCAGCAAGAUGCCAACAGCCAGUAUAAUGGGAACAGCUAUUAUGGAUACCGACAGCAGGGUUAUGAAGGUUAUGGCUAUGCUGCACCCAAUACACAAGACCCAAGCAUGCAAAACUACUAUGGAUACCCUGGUUAUGGUAACUAUGAGCAGCAGCAGCAGCAGCAGCAGUCAACACAGGAACAGCAGCAGCAGCCUCCACCAGCACAGGAGCAGCAGCAACAGCAGCCUCCACAGCAGUGAUGAUCAUGCACUUCUGGAGAUCUAUCAGAUCAGAGGGAUGGUAGAGUCACAGGCCACUGCCUAAUGAGACAGAUAUGGAGGUCAUGUAGUUGCAUGGGUGCGGUUGGACUUGUUCUUGGGGACCAGUGUUAAUUGAUGAUGGCACUCCACACUCCAGAUGUUUCUUUUGUUUGUCGUUGAGAUCUUGACCGUUAAAGUAUGCUCUGUUGAGAUUGAUGUCUUCGUCAGAUUGUUAUUGUGAGCUGUCUGGGUAGGGUGGUGGUCAAA